GGAGGCAGACCGUUAACAAUUCAGCUGUCUUUCUCAUUCAUGAAAGGAAGGACGGUUCCUCAAGGCCAGAGGCAAGUAAUACAUUUUCUGGGAAGAAACGAAGCAAUUCUGAUUCAGCUUUUAUGGGCUUUAUAACUGAUAAAAUCAAGCCAGUAUGUGGAGAUGCAGCUGAAUGUUCACGUUCCUUGAAGCCUCAGAUGCUUCGGAAAGAGGUGAUCAGUGAUCGGUCCGGGAAAAAUCAAGAUGAACUGCAGUUCCCUAUUCAAUCGCCUCUAAGGUCAACAUCAUUACAUUCUCCUCUUGGCAGUAGACCAGUUUUGCAUUCAUCUAAAUUGGAGCGGCCUAUCCCUCCGAAUCAUGGUUCAAUUGUGCAAUACCCAUCCCAUGUUGCUAAAACUGGGCUGUUUUCUUCUUCAUAUGUCUCCAAGGAUGCCAAUGCCAGUGCCAUACUUAUGUCUCAGCCUGCAGCAGAUGAAGGUUCUCGGACUGGCAUUAAAAGUUAUGGAGUUUUGAAUGUUGUCACCUCCAGCAGUGGACCUGGCGAAAGAAGCAUCUCUAGGGUAUUGCCUUAUUGUAGCAGGCCAAAGUGUAUGCAGAUCCAUGAGCCUGAAUCUUCAAAUGCAUCCAGAUACAAUGGUUUGCCAAAUGUUGGCCGACAAAUGACCGUAUUUUAUGCUGGUCAAGCCCAUGUAUUUGAUGAUGUCCAUCCGAAUAAGGCUGAAGUGAUAAUGGCAUUGGCAGGCUCAACUGGGGGUUCAUGGUCUACUACCUAUUCACAAAAGCCUGCUACGUGUCCUUCAUCUGGUGAAGUACCUACUGAACUGAUUCAAAGGCAUAUCAACAGUUUUUCUUCCAUUCAGGCGAAUCCUGAGCAUGCCCUCUGCCAAGUUGAUAAAACCACUCUUACAAGGGAUAUCCCUAGUCUCACUUCAGGGGGUCAAGAGAGUGGCAGGGUUGUCAAAGAUGCAAGAUUAGGGAUUCAAACACCGUUACCCAGUCCUGCAGGGCAGAGAGAAGCAAGUUGAAGUUUUUUUUUUCCUCUACUUGGAUUUUGACAUUUUGGUCAUUUUCAUUUUUGUUGUAAAUUUUAGAGCUUUGAGGCCAAUGUAAGUUGUAAACAUCAAUUAGUUUGCAGUGCAACCCCAUCCAUGGUUUUGUAUGUGC